AAAAAACAGAAAAAAUAGGAAAAAAAAAUAGUCCAAUUUCCUGAAAGCCCAAGAUGAAGAAAUCCAAAGUGGACUGGAGUCGCUUCGGCCUCGUGUCUGACGGGGACACCGACGCCUCGGAGACCACGCGGCUGAAGGACCCGGCGCUCGAGGAAGGAUACUACGGAGGCCAGGACGCCGAGCUCUUCGCCGAGGAGAAGGGCGACACGCCGUGGUGGAAGAGCACCUUCUUCGUGAGCGAGCGCGUCCUCUUCGGCACCUGGGAUGGCGUCUUCACCUCCUGCCUCGUCAACCUCCUGGGCGUCAUCGUCUUCCUGAGGGUGGGCUGGGUCGUCGGCGAGGCGGGCGUCCCUCUCGCGGCCCUCGUCGUCGUCGUCUCCGUGGUCGUGGUGCUGACGUCCGUGGUGUCAGCGGUGGGGAUCUGCGAGCGGACGCGGGUGGAGAGCGGGGGCGUCUACUUCCUCAUCUCGCACGUCCUCGGCUCGCAGGUGGGCGGCGCCGUCGGCCUCGUCUACUGCUUCGGGCAGGCCGUUGGCAUCUCUCUCUGCGUCGCUGGCUUCGGGGAGUCCAUGGUGGAGCUGCUGGACCUGUCGUGGUCGUGGUCGGAGAAGGCCUUCGCUGCGGGCGCCCUGCUCCUGCUGGCGCUCAUCAACGUCGCGGGCGUCAAGUGGGUCAUCAAGGUGCAGUUCCUCCUGCUGCUGCUCGUCCUCCUCGCCGCCUUGGACUUCAUCUUCGGCAGCUUCUUGGACCACUCCGACGGUGAAACCGGGCGUGACGGCUGGUCGGCGGUCACGUGGGCCAACAACACCUCCCCGGGCUACUCGACGGGGAAUUCCUGGUUCACGGUGCUGGGCGUGUUCUUCCCGACGGUCACGGGCAUCAUGGCAGGGAUCAACAUGUCUGGGGAUCUCAGGAGCCCGGCGAAGGACAUCCCCGUGGGCACGCUGUCGGCGCUGGGACUCAGCACGGUGCUUUAUAUGGUGUUCAUCUUGGUCCUCGGCGCCACCGUCCAGAGGGAGGUACUUCUGCGGGACUACAUGAUCACGGAGAAGGUUUCUGCAUUAGGUGUGCUUCUCCUGGCCGGGCUCUACACCAGCACGCUCUCCUCGACGCUGGCCUCGCUCUACGGCACACCGCGGGUCCUCCAGUCCAUCGCCAGCCAGAACGUCGUGCCCAUCCUGUCGCCGCUGGCCCAGGGGCGAGGACCCAACAAAGUGCCGGUGCUGGCGCUGGUGGUGACCGUGGUGGUGACCCUCGUCUUCCUCCUGGUGGGGCGCAUCAACACCCUGGCGCCCAUCGUCACCAUGCCCUACCUGGCCACCUACGCCGCCAUCGACUACGCCUAUUUCGCCCUCGCGAUGACGGCCGACCUGCAGAGGGCGCGGGAGGCGAGGUUCAGAGGUCAGACAUUCGGGACGCCGACGUUUGACUCCCGAGGACUUGGGGGAAACACUGACCUCGAUCACCUGUUCCCUGAGAGAGUCACUCACAAAAAGGUGAUCACGACGGCCGCGAGCUCUGGCACCUCGAGCUUAGUGUCAUCCCCGGACGACCACUCCAGCAUCAAGUCCGACACCGAGCCAUCUGCCAAGGAGGAGGAGAAUGGCGGAACGGGCGCCAGUGAAGACCUGCUGCCUGGCAUGGGCGCCCCUGGGGACUUCCUCGCUAUCACGGGGAAGCCUACCCACUGGUACUCCCACCUGUGCAAUCGCUGGCUCUCUCUGAUAGGGGUGGGCGUGAAGGUGGCUAUGAUGGUGUGCGUCCACUGGGCCUACAGUCUCACCACGCUGCUCACCAUGCUGCUUCUCUACGUCUACAUAGGCCAGGCUGCUCCCGGGGGUCCUCCUGGCAUCGCUAUGGAAUUCGUCUUCCUGAGGUGGCUGAAGAACAGGUUUUUGGCGUGUUUUGGACAGAGGUCAGCCGAGUACGACCAGGUAGUCGUGACCCCCUUGCAUCCCGGAGUCGAGGUCACGGCCAAUCAGCUGACAGAGGAGAACGAGGACUUCGCCGCCAGGUCGCGCUACCACCAGUCGACGCCAGGCCAAGCGCUCCCCGACCUCACGGAGCAGCAGUAGCCACCGUCAGCAUAGUCGUCGUCAGUCUCGGUUUCGCUGGCGUGGAGGUCGUCUGAGCAACACUCUAGCUACAGCCUUUGUGGAAGAGGUCGUUUUCUGUACCGCAUGGAGGGAGAUAUCUAUUCAGUGUAUUGUAGUGUAUCUACAUCUGUGUUGGUGUGUAUGUGUGUGUAUACACUCGUUAUACUUAACUUCGUGUAUGGAAGCGCCUCUAGAUAAGUGUGUUGAUCCGCUGUUCAAAUUCUCAAGUGAGACACGAGAAAUUGCUGCUUUAUGAAAUUUCUGGUCUGUUUUGCGUUGCGAACAUUUGCAGAGUGUUUAAAGAUACAUAUUCUUAAUGUGAUUCAGUUAAUUCCACAUUGAAGUGACGAGCGAAACAAAACCACAGAACAGGUUAAGAUUUGGAAAGUAUAAACAUUGCAAACUGACCCAGAAUUAGGUCUGGAAGAUGGACCGAAAGGGCUUGUGACUGGGUAGUGAAUCGCGCAGUUUCAAGGGACAGUUAGUCAGAUGUUUUAUUCGGGGCAAAACAGUGACGGUGCGCGAAAGUGGGGGAGCAGCGAUGCGUUCCGCUUAAUCUCUAGUUAUUACUACCUCGGUGUGCACGUAUAUUUUAGGUCACACACACACACUCUCUCUCACAGACACACACACUCUCUCUCUUUCUCUCUCACACACACACUCUCUCUUUCUCUCU